AUGGCCUCCCAAAUCCAUUUCCUUGACGCCAAGGGCAAAUCUUUGCUAUCAAGGGAUUACAAAGGUGAUAUUCCCGCUAAUACGAUAGAAAAUUUUCCUCUCUUGCUAUUGGAGCUCCAAAGUGACGAUGAAACACUUUACAAACCCUACAUCAAUAGCAAGGGGAUCAACUAUGUUUUCAUUAACCAUAACAACCUAUAUAUCUGUGGUCUCACUCGGAAAAAUGAGAAUGUGAUGGCUAUUGUGGUGUUUCUUUCGAGGGUUGUGGAGGUGCUUCAACAAUAUUUCAAAAGUUUGGAGGAGGAAUCCAUUCGAGAUAACUUCGUCAUAACCUACGAGCUUUUGGAUGAAAUGAUGGAUUUUGGGGUCCCUCAAACCACUGACACAAAGAUCCUAAAGGAGUAUAUUACCCAAGAUUAUUAUAAGUUGAUCAAGAAGACUCCCUCCAGAAUUGUCCAACCGCCUAAUGCGGUUACCAAUGCCAUUAGUUGGAGAAAGGAUGGCAUAUUUUACAAGAAGAAUGAAGCAUUUUUGGACGUUGUGGAAUCAAUAAACAUGUUGAUUAAUGCGAGCGGGCAAGUGUUGAACAGUGAAAUUCUAGGUGAAAUCAGAAUGAAGUCUAAAUUGAGUGGUAUGCCUGACCUUCGUCUCGGUCUCAAUGACAAGGGUAUCUUUUCCUCCAGCAUGCAUGAUGACACUGCGACAGAGUCAGCUUCAAAUAACAAGAAAAUUGAAAUGGAAGAUAUCAAGUUCCAUCAGUGCGUGCGGUUGUCGAAGUUUGAAAAUGAAAGAAUCAUCACAUUUAUCCCACCUGAUGGUGAGUUCACAGUGAUGUCGUACCGAUUACUGUCUGCUCAGUUCUUGGUAAAACCAUUGAUUUUGGUAAACUGUAAGUUUGUUGUGCACAAGCAUAGUCGCAUAGAGAUCCUUUGCUCAGUGAAGGCACAGAUAAAAAAGAAAUCCACUGCAAAUAAUGUCGAGAUUAUCAUACCGAUUCCUGAGGACGCUGAUACCCCCAAGUCCACUCCGGAAUACGGAAGCAUCAAGUGGAUACCCGAGAAAUCUUGUUUGGUGUGGAAGUUGAAAACGUUCCCCGGAGGUAAACAGUUUCACAUGAAGGCAGAGCUUGGACUUCCCGCAGUUGGUGAUCCGGAAAGCAUUGUUGCGAAGAAACCCAUAAAAGUUAACUUUUCCAUUCCGUACUUCACAACAUCUGGUAUUCAAGUGCGUUACUUGCGCAUUAAUGAGCCUAAACUUCAGUAUCAGUCAUACCCCUGGGUGAGAUAUAUUACACAAUCCGGAGAAGACUACACCAUUAGAACUAAAUAG